UGCCAUGAAUACCAAAAAUUUGCUAAUUGCAGUACUCUUUGCAGUUGCUUUUGUGAUUUGCAUUGAAGCACCUUAUGUCAAAUUGACAAACCUUGUCUGUGAAUCACAGAACAAGUCGUGGGCCGUUUUCCAUUAUUGUCGGCUAAAGGCCUAUUCGCGGAACAAGACAAGCGGCAAUAUAAAUGCAACAUUUCUUCAUCCGGCCAAAAAUAUAGCUGUCAGAUUGCAGAUGGUUAAAAGGGCCAGUGGCUAUAAGCCAUUUCUGUUCGAUAUAACCAUCGAUGCCUGCCUUUUCUUGCGAAGGCGACACAAUCCCGUCAUCAAGAUGUUUUAUAAUUUUAUAAAGGACGUUUCUACUUUGAACCACACCUGUCCCUAUGAGGGCUUGCAGGUGGUUAGUGAUUAUCAUCACGCAGUGUUUCCUGUACCGUUGCCAACAGGAGACUACGGAGUAUUAUUGGACUUUAUAUUCGAUGGUAGGAAGCAGUUCCAUGUCAAUGUUUACUUUACUUUUAAAGAGGAUUUUUAA